CCCAUCUGCAAGUAAACAAAUAGAAAUUAAUUGUACCAAACCACCAUACAACUUACAAUUCCUCAAUUAAAAACCCUGCAAAUUUUUCAUCCCAUACAAUACAAGCCUCUCUCUCUCUCUCUCUCUCUCUCUCUCUCUCUCCAUCUCUCUCUCCCUCUCUCUCUCUCCAAAGUGACAGCCUUCCAGCAACUCUCCGGCUCCGACUGUCGGCGGCGUUUGUUUGAUAUCUGCAGUGAAACAUAAGAUGGAGAAGAUGAUGAUGGGAUUUCAACUGGGUGUGAUUGGUGCAUUGUUUCUAUCGGUGGCCUCAUCGGUGUCAAUUGUGAUUUGCAACAAGGCCUUGAUGAGCAAUCUUGGUUUUCCAUUUGCUACUACAUUGACAAGUUGGCAUCUGAUGGUAACAUACUGCACAUUACAUGUGGCCCAACGCUUGAAUUUCUUCGAGACUAAAUCUAUUGAUAUGAAGACUGUCAUCCUCUUUGGCAUCCUUAAUGGCGUUUCCAUUGGAUUUCUUAACUUGAGCCUUGGCUUCAACUCCAUUGGUUUUUACCAGAUGACCAAACUAGCCAUUAUACCAUUUACAGUGUUACUGGAGACCAUCUUCUUGAACAAGCAAUUCAGCCAAAAAAUAAAGCUCUCCCUUCUGCUCUUACUCAUGGGAGUUGGGGUGGCUUCAGUGACAGAUCUUCAGCUCAAUUUAGUUGGAUCAAUUCUUUCUCUUCUAGCAAUUGCAACUACAUGCGUUGGACAAAUUCUCACAAACACAAUACAAAAGAGGCUAAACGUGUCUUCCACUCAGCUUCUGUACCAGUCAGCCCCAUUUCAAGCUGCGAUCCUUUUUGUAACAGGCCCUCUACUGGACCAGUACCUCACAAAGCAAAAUGUUUUUGCUUUCAGUUACUCUCCUCUUGUCUUGGGCUUUAUCAUUCUUUCCUGCUUGAUUGCUGUAUCGGUUAACUUCAGCACCUUUUUGGUUAUUGGGAAAACAUCACCGGUUACAUAUCAAGUUUUGGGACAUCUGAAAACAUGUCUUGUUCUUGGCUUCGGAUAUACUUUACUACAUGAUCCUUUCACUGCUAGGAACAUUAUUGGAAUCCUCAUUGCUAUUGUUGGCAUGGGUUUGUAUUCUUACUUUUGUACCUACGAAAACAAAAAGAAACAAUUGGUUGAUCUCUCCUCUCCUCAGGUUAAAGACAGGGACACUAAUACACCACUUUUGGGACAUCAGGAGAAUGAGGUCAAGAAAUCAAAUAAGGAUUCUCUUGUCUGAGAAGUUAGGAUUUUGACAUCAACUUAUCUUUUAAGAUUUUUGUGGUCUUUUUUUUAUUUUUAUACUUUUUUCUCAGUCAAUUGAAUGAGUGUAAAGGGUGGUAAUUCAUUAUAUACUUUCAAUAAUCAAAUUACAUAAAUCGUAGGUUCAAGUUCAA